AUGCAUAGAAGGUGCAGUACUAGUCAAAAAAUAUUUGCAUCAAUUAUAAUUAGAUUGGCAUUGGCAAAAACUUUUUGUAUAAAUUAUGGUGUUUUCAUUCUUGAUAAACCUACCACAAAUCUUGAUGAAGGGAAUAUUGAAAAUUUGGUGGCUGGCUUACGAAAUAAUAGAGAAGCUGAUAAGUUUAUCAAAGCUUCAAAGAGAAAGCAAAUAUAA